CGCAGGUGUUACACUGAGAACGGUCCUCCGACACAACGGCUGCUCGGUGUUUCAUGUGAUGUUAAUGUUUUACUCCGCUAACAGUCGGACAGCGGGACGGAUAAAGGCUGACAGCCACUACGGGUGAGGAUGGCGUUGCAGAGGGUAGCAGUAGUCGGUGCCGGUGCAGCAGGACUCUGUGCAGCCAGACACAUCCUGUCUCGUCCUCACAUCUUCGCUCCUCCCGUCGUGUUCGAGCAGAGCGACGACGUCGGCGGUACCUGGCGCUACGAGGAGCGAGUCGGUACGUACGACAACGGACGGCCGAUCCACAGCAGCAUGUACAGAAACCUCAGGACCAACCUGCCCAAAGAGGUGAUGAUGUUUCCAGACUUCCCGUUCGACCCUCAGCUGAGCAGCUUCCUGCCGCAUCAGGAAGUUCAGCGAUACCUGCAGAGUUACUGCGAGAGUCACGAUAUCCGAGCCAACGUCCGGUUUAACACCAUAGUGGAAAGUGUGAAGCCGGUUGUCGUGACAACAGGCGGCGAGAAAGAGAGAACGACAUGGGAAGUGACAUCAUCUGAUUCAUCAGGUUGUCAGAAAACGGAGACGUUCGACUCGGUCUUCGUGUGUUCGGGGCAUUACUCUGACCCUCACAUCCCAGACAUACCAGGGAUAGACAACUUCAAAGGUCAGGUGCUCCACAGUCACUCGUACAGGCAUGCAGAGCCGUUCUCAGGUCAGUCCGUCGUGGUUCUGGGAGCCAAAGCUUCAGGACUGGACAUCUCCAUAGAGCUGGCUAAAGUCGGCGCUCAGGUGACUCUGAGUCACGGUCGUCCUCGUCUCACCUUCCCUCUUCCUGCCGGGAUCCAGCAGUCUAGUCCGAUGGUUUCGGUGGACGAUGACGGCAGGAUUCGCUUUCAGGACGGCUCGGUGGGCGCGGCUGACGUCCUGCUGUUCUGCACCGGAUACAACUUCAGGUACCCGUUCCUGGACCCGGCGGCUCAGCUGGGUCUAGAGAUCCAGGACCAGGUGGUGGCUCCUCUGUACCGCUUCAUCAUGCCCCCCGCCUUCCCCUCGCUCUUCUUCAUUGGCAUCUGUAAAAUCAUCUGCCCCUUCCCCAACUUCGACUGCCAGGUCCAGUUCUCUCUGGCCGUGCUGGACGGCUCGGUCACGUUGCCGUCUCGGGCUCAGAUGGAAGACGACGCCCUGCGAGAGCUGCGUGAGAAGGCAUCGCGAGGAGUCCUGCAGCGCCACCUGCUGAUAAUGGACAAGGAUCAGUGGGGGUACUGCGAGGCGCUGGCUCGCUCCGCCGGCUUCCCCCCGCUGCGGCCGGUCGUACGAAGCCUGUACGAAGAGGUUUGGCAACAGCGACGAAUUCACCCCGAAAACUACCGCAGCAACAACUACCGACUGAUCAGUGACACCCAGUGGGAGCUGAUCCACUGAUGGAAGAGACCCAACAUUCCUCCACGAGCAACACUUGACCACAACGGAAAGGAAAACUCCCCUUAAACAGGAAGAAACAUCAUGUAACGCUUUUAUCCAACGACGCUCCUGACCAGCAGGAGAAGUUUGGGUUUCGACAUCAGGAUCAAUCUGCAGACCUUGUAACUUGUUGCUCUACCUCCGGCUGCCUCACACUGACCAAACAGUCAAUGGUCAGCUUGUCUGUGAAGGCUGUUGCUGACAAACUGGCCAAACUAUGAAACUACAACUUCUUGGACCAAAAAACAUUUUUCCUGCACUUAAUCAUGAGAAACGGAGCGUCUGUAAAACGGUGGAGACGUUUCCACUGAGAAAUGACUCAGAAUCUGAUCCCUUUGGUCUGAUCAUGUUGGGAAAGUCUAGAAACCACUGCACCAUUUAAUUGUUUUAUCCCCGAUUGGAGUUAGCUCUAAUUAGCUACCAGUACUCUAUGAUCUACCAGCACAUUGUCCCCAUAGAGAACAAUACAAGUUCAUCCAGGGGUUUGCUUUACAGGAAGCAGGAAACUCUUUAUCUCAAUGGUUGGAGCUUGUUUAGAAGUGAAGACAUGAAGAAGUGGAAGUUGAAUAAACACUCAUUAGGUGUGUUUCCAUCCAGACCUUUGAUGUAUUUGUUCUGGGAUGGAAACAAAAUUAAUUCACAUUUUCUUUCAUAAUUUUUCUGACGUUCUGAUUAUAAUCACUGCAUUUGGAUGUAAACACUAUCUGCUCGUUGUGAUCAUGUAACUUCUGCCUUUGAUUGAAAG